CAGUUUAUUAAAACCCUUGCUCCACCCCAAUCUGCAGGCUUAGAGGCAAAGAGCGAGACAGUUUCCGGCUUCACCAAACUGUAACGCUUUUGCUCUCAAUUAUUGUGGGAAUUCACUCUGUGACUGAAGGUAACAUGUCUGAGAAUCCGGUGCAAGCCUUGUUUCAUAGCUUUGAGAAUGUCUCAAAUUUUGUUCAACACCAUCUCUCUAAUUUCAUUGGCCUUCAUCUCCAUUCAUCUGGUAGAGGCUCUCUUUUCUCCAUCUCUUCCUCCAUCAACACCCCAAUUGCAAAAACUGCUCCUCCUGUACAAUCUGGUGAUACCCCCUUCAAGGGAAAGUAUGCUUCCCCAGUGACUAAGGAAGAGCUUGGAAGGGCUACUUGGACUUUUCUUCACACUCUUGCUGCUCAGUAUCCAGAUAAUCCUACAAGACAACAGAAGAAGGAUGUAAAAGAACUGGUACAGAUCUUAUCUCGGUUAUAUCCUUGCAAGGAAUGCGCAGAUCACUUUAAAGAAGUUCUUAGAGCAAAUCCUGUACAGGCUGGGUCACAUGAUGACUUUUCUCAGUGGUUAUGUCAUGUGCAUAAUGUUGUUAAUAGAAGCCUUGGCAAACCAGUAUUCCCCUGUGAACGAGUUGAUGCAAGGUGGGGCAAACUGGAGUGUGAGCAGAAAGCAUGUGAAAUUAUUGGAAGUACAACAAUUUUUGGGAAGAUAUAGAACAUAUUUAUUUAAAAACGAUGGCUAAAUAUACUAUGUAAGGUAUGUGCUGAAUUUAGACCUUUCAAGAAAUGUUAUAGAAAGUGUUAUGUAGUGGCUUUGCACUGGCAUAUGUGAGUAAAAUGUAUAUGCAAUAUUCGUUAUUCAAAUUUAUUUUGAUAGAUGAAUAUUUGAGCGAUCAAGAUCAGGGAAGUAGUUGCCGUUUGCCAGUGCUUGUCAAA